UGGCGGUGGAGCCGUUCCCGGCCCAUGAUGGCGGAGGCGGGCGCGGACGGCCCCCGGCUGGCGGAGCUGCUGGCGUUGGGACGGCGGCUCUGGGACGAGCUGGAGGCCAGCACCGAGCCGUCCUCCGGAGCCCCGGCCGUGCAGGAGAAGGUGCGGCAGGCGCUGGACGCGCUGCGGCGGGCGGCGGCCAUGGUGGCGCAGCUGGAGCUGUUCAGUGAGAAUGAAGAACUGGAGGAAGUCGCCUCGGCCGAUCUGAAAUUUAUGCUGCUGCCGGCACUGCUGGGUGCCCUGACGCUGAAACAGGUGGACCUGAGCAGGAGAAUGGAGCACCUGGAGACCGCCCGGGAGCAUUUCCUGCGCUUCCUCAAGCUCUGCAGGAACUACGGGCUGGGAUCUUUCCAGCUGCCCCCCAGCACCUCCAGCGAGGAGGGAGCUGGGGCCCCCCCGACCCCCCGCGACCCUGCCCAGCCCAACCUGAUGGCCAUGGCCAUGAGCAGGACAGCCAAAAUUGAAAGAUACAAACAGAAGAAGGAGCUGGAGAACAAAUUGGCCUCCAUGAGCAGCUCUGUGGAGAGCGGGACAGCAGAUGAGGAGCAGAUCCGGGAGUUUUACAUCCUCCAGAUCCAGAAAUGGAUCGGCACCAGCCUGGAGGAGAUUGACAGCAUCGACCAGGAGCUGGUGAUCCUCAGGAGCAGGGAUGCAGCCCGGCAG